UUCCAUGUUAGUGCACCACCCCCACCACCCCUCCUUCCCGGGACCUCAUACAAAGGCUUUUCUUCUUUUCUUCGGACAGGACAGACUUACUUGAAAGCCCCCAAAAAAAAGUACACCAAAAAAAUGCACCGGCCUUUCUUAAGAGAGCACAACAUAUUUGAAAGCCUCUCUCACGCUGCCUCCACUCAUAUCGUUCUUCAUAUCCCUCCCACCACAUCUUUCUCACUCCCUCUCCUCCUGUCCCUCUCUUCAUCCCUCGCCCGCGUGCGCCGUGCCGCUCCAUGCUCAGCGCGAGGCGCACAGAUGUAAGUUUAAUCCAGGCAACGCUCGCGGAGUCAGCAAGUAAGAAAAUGAGGUUGUCCUCCGCCAACCAAGCAGGGGAAUGAGUUUCCAGCGGCAGGCCUAAGUGGACUUGGUGUCAGGUGUGAAGAUCUUCUCAGCUCAUGGUUUGGGAUCUUAUUCGUUUGUGUGCAAAUCCAGCUUUGAGCUCCGUCUUGAGCUCUGUCCGUCAGCCUUUCAUGAGCGUCUGAUCUGAUGAUGAAGUGAGGAGGAUAUCCAGAAGACACCCGCAUGAAUCGAAGGAAAUAUCAUCCAUGCUUUUAUUUACAGUCUGUGUAGUUUUUGAUUUUGGACAAAACCAGCAGAGACUUUCCAUCUGACCUACCACAUUUGUGUCGGUCUUCUUCAAGGGGAAAUUGUGAGCUUGUCAGUCCAUUCAUCAAGAGUGUGACAUUUGCCGCCAGACCCAAGACCACCUUUAAGACCAAACAGCCUUGGGGUCCACAGGAGCCUCGCUCUUGCAGCUUUGUACUUUGUCCAGACUUUGGUGCUGACACGAUCCACAGUCAGGAUGCAAGUGUCACUGGUGUGCACCGACCACCGCGGUGGUGUAAGCCGCACCACGGAGGACCGGCUCAACCGUCAGAACGCCAACAGCCCGGGUACCGGUACGCGCAACAAGUUCCGAGCCGUGGCGAUGGUGGCUCGCAGUCUGGGCCAGCUGUCGGUUCAGAGUAUCCCUUCUUCCAGCGAGCAGAGCAUUAAGACCGGCAUGAAGUAUAGAAACCUCGGGAAAUCGGGUCUACGCGUGUCCUGCCUUGGAUUAGGAACAUGGGUGACAUUUGGCGGACAGAUAACAGAUGAGAUGGCAGAGCAGCUGAUGACUCUGGCGUAUGAAAACGGCAUCAAUCUAUUUGACACAGCGGAGGUCUAUGCUGCCGGGAAGGCCGAGGUGGUGCUGGGAAACAUCAUAAAGAAGAAAGGAUGGAGACGCUCUACUCUCGUUAUAACAACAAAGAUCUUCUGGGGUGGAAAAGCCGAGACCGAAAGAGGUUUAUCUCGAAAACAUAUCAUAGAAGGUUUAAAAGCUUCUCUGGAGAGACUGCAGUUAGACUACGUUGAUGUCGUGUUUGCCAACAGACCGGACCCCAACACGCCUAUGGAAGAAACGGUUCGAGCGAUGACCCAUGUGAUAAAUCAAGGCAUGGCCAUGUACUGGGGGACAUCACGCUGGAGCCCCAUGGAGAUAAUGGAGGCGUAUUCUGUGGCACGACAAUUCAAUCAGAUCCCUCCGAUCUGUGAGCAGGCCGAGUAUCACAUGUUUCAGAGAGAGAAGGUGGAGGUGCAGCUACCGGAACUUUUCCAUAAAAUAGGUGUUGGGGCCAUGACGUGGUCACCCCUGGCCUGCGGGAUCAUCUCAGGGAAAUACGACGGCAGGGUGCCCCCAUACUCUCGGGCCUCUCUGAAGGGUUACCAGUGGUUGAAGGACAAGAUCUUGAGCGAGGAGGGUCGGCGUCAGCAGGCGAAGUUGAAAGAGCUGCAGGCGAUCGCGGAGCGGCUGGGCUGCACUCUGCCCCAACUCGCCAUCGCGUGGUGUCUACGUAACGAGGGGGUGAGCUCCGUCCUAUUAGGUGCAUCCAACACGGACCAGCUGAUGGAGAACAUAGGAGCCAUUCAGGUCCUCCCCAAGCUGUCGUCGUCCAUCACUCACGAGGUGGACAGCAUCCUGGGCAACAAGCCCUACAGUAAAAAGGAUUAUCGCUCCUAACGCCCGCACGCCUUAUUGCCUGAUCCUACAUUUGCUUGAGCUUCUACCGAGCGAGACCCCGCCGCAUGAGUGUGGUCGCACCAGACGGCCACCGGGGGGCUUCUCGCUCACACUUCCAGGGAUGAGAGGUAAACAAACCCACAGUAGUCCAUCGGAGAAGGCCGCUUAGAAAAGUGCAGACAGUUCUGCACUCCUACUUCAAAUCAUAGAAUAUGUUUUUAUUUUAGAAGACAAAAAAAAAAAAGCACACGCUUCGUUUCUUUGUCACUCCAACAAGUGGAUCCAUGUUUGUGUCCUUUGUAUCUGAGCCCCCCCUGGUGGUGGGCGUCAACAAUCAGCACUUUAGUCACGGCUGUGUCAGGCUACUUUUAGCCAGGGGAAUAAUAAUAAUAAUAAUAAUAACCUUCUCUCCCUGACCUUGCACUAUCCUACAAGAAGAAGUCAUUCGUCAGCAUCCUCCAUUUUUUUUAUGCCAAAGCCUGCUCUCCUUUUCUUUCCCAAUCACUAAGCUUAACCUUUGCUAUUCCGCUGAACGCGCGCCCCUCAACGUAGCUUCAGCUUGACUCUUUCGCAUCUUUGCAACCCCUCAAAAACCACAAUUUAUUCGCAGUCUCUUCCUCCAUAUUUCAUUCUUCAAAAGAAACUUUAAGCUGUUGGUACUUUUAUUUUGAAAAACGGGUAGUACUAUACACGUUACUGGUACAGUGCAUCCAAAAAAAGAAUUCACAGCACUUCCUGCCUUAUUCUAAAUUGGAAUAAAUAAAUUUUUGUCCUCAAAAUUCUACACACAAUACCCCAUUAUAACAAUUUUUUAUUUAUUUAUUUAUUUAUUUUUUAAUUGAAGUAUUGACAGCCUCUGCAACAUACGUUGUUGAUGCACCUUUGGCAGCAAUUACAGAUUACAGUAGAAUACAAUGCCACCAGUUUGGCACACCUAUUUUUGGGGCAGUUUUGCCCAUUCCUCUUUGCGGCACCUCUCAAGCUCCAUCAGAUUGCGUGGUAAGCAUUUUUUUUCAUCCGGGAUGAGGUGGCGACUUGUCCAGGGUGUACCCCGCCUUCCGCCCAAAUGCAGGCUCCAGCACCCCCCGCGACCCUGAACGGGACAAGGGGUAGAAACCGGAUGGGAGGAUGGAUGUCUCUGUAUAUUUCUGCAUUCAUCUUUCCCUCUAUCGUGACUUGGUUUCCUCCAAACGUGACGCCCGGCCUUCACGCCAAAGACUUCCAUCUUCGUCUCAUCAGACCACGAGAAUUUUGUUUCUCGUGGUCUGAGAGCUUUUCAGGAGCAUUGUUGGCAAACGUUUACGAAUUUUGAGGACAAAAAUUAAUGUAUUCCAUUUUGUGGAAAAAGUGAAACACUGGGAAUACUUUCCGGAUGUAUGUCAUGACAAAGUGUAAAAAAACAAGUGGAGGAUGUCAAGUGGGUUACAUUGUCAUCAUCUACCUUGUUGUUGCGAUUGAGUCAUCGUCAUAAAUAAUAUGGUUACCACGGCAACAAUCUUUGCGCGGAAGGGUUUUUUUUUGCACCCGCUUUGUGGCAGCAGCUCAGGGAAGCGAGCGUGUGUGCAGUACACCUACCCUAAUCAUGAGGACAUUCUGGCUGGUCCACAUCAAGAAAAGUACUCACAUGGACUUCACCCAAUCAGAGCGUGUGUGUUUUUGUUUUUCAAGUUUGUGUGACUCAAAACUUGGACAUGUUUUUUUUUUUUUUUUUUGGCCUGGUUUUAUUACUGGGAUGAAAAUUAAUUUUGACAUUUUUGGGGUGUCUGGAGCCAAAGAUCCCCCUCGUCUGUGAUGUGACCUUGGAGACAUGUACAGUCUGACUUUGUCCAUAUUGAACAUCCAUAAUGCUUCAAAGAGAUAAUAAUAAUUGUAAUAUUGCCCGUAACUGCAAGUAUUUGCAUUAGAAAUGUAGGGAAAUUCUGUUUACCGGCGGGCUUUUAUUUUGAAGGCCUAACUUAAACAGCUACAGGCUGUGUUAACGUCGAUUGUGAUCGCAUUUUUUUACGAGUUAAAAUAUGAGACUUUUCCGGGGGGAAAAAAGGAGGUUUGACAGCUUUCUUACGAACUUUUUGUUUGGCAUUAAAGCACAAGAGAGUUAAACUUGGAACUCAAGUCAUAGUCAGACUAUUGAUUUGGUGACGCAAAGAAAUAGAAAGUAUGAAAUGAUGUUUAGAGGAAGAAAUGACUCACAAUGAACACAAGCUCCUAGUUUCAUCCUUUAGGAUGGAAGCCGGUUCCAAAGUUAUCCAAGAAUAUAUUUGUAUCUUUUCUUCAUCGGAUCAUGUCUUGUAUUAUGCCCAAUUAGAGACAGUGUAAAUAUGAAGAACUGUGUAUAUAUUAUACAUAUUCCACUUGUGAGCGCCUCUGCCUUUUGCUUUUAUUUUGAAGCUUUCUUUCGCAGGCGUUGCUAACUAAGUGCACUGUGCUUGAAUCAACUGUAGACCGGAUGUACAGCUUCAUCAUUAAAUGACCAAUGGCAAAACCAAUUGUGUGUGUGUGUG